AUGGCACAAUCACCUGAUGUCAUCUAUGAAGAACUAUUUGAAGAUGUUCAACUUUCACGUGUAUUUUCUGAUUCAAAAACAUUUUGUGAUUCUGUUCCAACGAAAUUAACACCAAAUGAAAUUCUUAAAUUAUAUCGUGAAGAAAAAAUGAAACCAACAUUUAAUUUAUCUACAUUUAUUUUUGAAUAUUUUAGUAUUCCAGAUACAACGAUUAUUAUUGAUAUGAAAUGGACAAUUGAAGAACAUUGUCGUCGUUUAUGGCCCUUAUUAACACGAACAAUAAUAAAAGAAAAAUAUUCAAGUUUAAUCGAUGUUCCACAAUCAUUUGUUGUGCCUGGUGGACGUUUUAGAGAAUUUUAUUAUUGGGAUACUUAUUUUACUAUGUUAGGUUUAGUAAGAUCAAAUGAAAUUGAAUUACUAAAUAAUAUGCUAGAUAAUUUUGCAUAUUUAAUUCGUACUAUUGGACAUAUUCCAAAUGGUAAUCGUUAUUAUUAUAGUGGCCGUUCUCAACCACCAUUUUUUGUAUUAAUGACAGAAUUAUUAGGACAAACCGAUAAAUAUAAAAUUGAAUUAGAAACUGAAUAUAAAUUUUGGAUGAAAAAACGAGCGAUUACACUUGAUGAUGGAAGUAUACUUAAUCGAUAUUAUGAUGAUUUAAGUAGUAAACCAAGACCUGAAGCUUUUCUUGAAGAUACAGAAACAAGUCAUAAAGCACAUACAACUGAUAUAUAUGCUCAUCUACGUGCAGGUGCUGAAUCAGGUUGGGAUUUUAGUUCACGAUGGAUGGAAGAUGAAAAUGAUUUAUCAACAAUAAAAACUGCAGAUAUUCUUCCAAUUGAUCUUAAUUGUUUACUAUAUCAUUUAGAAUUAGCUUUAGGUAAAACAAUGGAAGCUAAACGUCGUCGUCAUGCUAUACAUAAAUAUAUGUGGUCGGAUGAAUUAAAAUUUUUUACUGAUUAUAAUUUUGUUAAAAGAAAACAAACAAAUCAAAUGACAUUAGCUGGUCUUUAUCCAGUAUGGUUAAAUGUUUCAACAGCAGAUCAAGCACAGCAAGUUGCUCAACAAGUUGAAUCAUUAUUUUUACGUGAUGGUGGUCUUGUAACAACACUUUCGAAAGAAAGUACACAACAAUGGGAUAGUCCGAAUGGAUGGGCACCACUUGAAUAUAUUGGUUAUCGUGCUUUACUCCAAACUCCCGGUUAUGAAAAACUUGCUCGAACUGUUCGUCAACGAUGGAUGGCAUUGAAUGAACGUGUUUUUAAAGAAACUGGUAAAAUGAUGGAAAAAUAUGAUGUUGUAGAUACUGAUAAACCAGCUGGUGGUGGUGAAUAUGAAACACAAGAUGGCUUUGGAUGGACUAAUGGAGUUUAUUUAGAAAUGCUUCAUGAUGAAAAAACAGGAUUAUAA